GACCUCUCAUGCUCAUCCCUUACUUCUCAGCCAUGUAUUAACACUUCCUUCCCUCCCCCCCUCCUCUCUCUCCCUCUCUCUCUACAGAGAAGCAGAAAAUGGAGAACAGUCACCAAAAGCUUCAUGCCCUCAUGAUUGCCUACCCUCUCCAGGGCCAUGUCAUCCCUUCUGUUCAUCUUGCCAUGAAGCUUGCAUCGAUGGGCUUCACCAUCACCUUCGUCAACACUCAAAGCAUUCACCACCAACUAACCAAGUCCCACCAUCACAACGACGGCCCCGGAGCAGCCGAGGACAUCUUCGCGGGAGCCCGGAAAUCCGGCCUCGACAUACGCUACGCGACAGUCAGCGACGGCUUUCCUCUGGGGUUCGACCGGUCGCUCCACCACGACCAGUUCAUGGAGGGUCUCCUACAUGUGAUGUCAGCUCACGUGGAUGAGUUCGUCGGGAAAUUGGCCGCAUCGGAGCCGCCUGUGAAUUGCUUGAUAGUCGACACCUUCUACGUGUGGUCUUCAAUGAUUUGCGAGAAGUACCAUCUUGUCAAUAUCUCCUUUUGGACCGAACCAGCUUUGGUGCUUACUGUUUAUUAUCACUUGGACCUUCUGCGCAUUAACGGUCAUUUUGGUGCUAUAGAUAAUCGGGAAGACGCCAUCGAUUAUGUGCCGGGUGUCCGGUCGAUCCAACGGAAGGACCUAGCAUCGUACCUCCAGGCCGACAAUACAGGGACGGUGGUCCACAGGAUUAUUAACGAGGCUUUCGAGAAUGUGAAGAAGGCGGACGUGAUCAUUUGUAACACGGUCCAAGAACUGGAGCCGGAUACCCUGUUGGCCUUGCAGAAGAAACAACCAGUUUACGCGAUUGGCCCCGUAUUCCCGAUUGGGUUCGCCAAGAGCCCCGUGGCCACGAGCCUGUGGUCCGAGUCGGAUUGCACUGAGUGGCUGAGCGCCAGGCCAAGUGGGUCGGUUUUGUACAUCUCAUUUGGAAGCUAUGCUCAUGCUAGUAAGCAGGACAUUUGGGAGAUAGCUUAUGGGCUUCUGCUUAGCGAAGUGAGCUUCAUUUGGGUGCUUCGUCCCGACAUAGUGAGCUCGGACGAAUCUGAGCCGUUGCCUCCCGGGUUCAGAGACCAGAUCAAGGGCAUAGGAUUAAUCGUACCAUGGUGUUGCCAAAUUGAAGUACUCUCGCACUCAUCGAUUGGGGGUUUCUUGACGCACUGCGGGUGGAAUUCGAUAUUGGAGAGCAUAUGGUGCUGCGUUCCGAUUAUGUGCUUCCCCCUGUUGACCGACCAAUAUACGAAUCGGAAAUUGGUGGUCGACGACUGGGGAAUUGGGAUAAACCUGAGGGACGAGAAAUCGGUCACAAGAGAGGAGGUCAGUCGGAAGAUUAGACGGUUGAUGAUCGGUGGAUUGGCGGAUGAGCUGAGGAAGAAGGUGAGAGAGGUGAGGAAGGCUCUUGAUAGUGCGUUGGGUCCCAAUGGGUCGUCGGAGAAGAACUUGAAUGAUUUCAUCGAUGAUGUGAAGGUUAAGAUCACUUCCAACAAACAAUAAAUCUCAAGGGGGUGAAUCUAUUGAAAAGAAGCCUAAUAAUCUCUCAUCCAUCUUCUACUUAAGAAUUCCUAGAAGUUACAUUUCUACUUUGAAACUUGUGUGUAGAUUUCAAUUUGAUCUUGUCACAAUGAAUUAUCAAGUAUUGUCAUUA